CAAGAUCCUUUGACAGAGGGAGAGAGAGAGAGAGAGAGAGAGAGAGGUGUAGAGCGGUCUUUGGGGAUGGCUGAGUCUCUCUACAGGCAGGAGGGAACAAGGCGUGGAAGAAAGUUGGAAAGGGACAGAGGAGACAAAAGAGAAGCAGAAAAUGAGAGAAAAGAAUAGGCGCCUUUUCUACAUGCGCCAUCGCCCAAAGCCGCCUCUUUACUCUUCAAACCACCACCAAUUACAACUUCCCAUUCCCAAUCCUCAAUACAAGUAACCCCUUAGAAAUCCCAACCCUUUCUCACCCCCCCGGCCCUCUCGCUCUCACCAUAUUCUUCCCUUUCCAUUGUUCGAGUUUCCGCUCUUGUUAGAUCCGUGGACUCACUCUCAGAAUGGAGACUGAGUUUUUAUUGUUUGAUCUUCUAUUGGGUUUGUUCUGAAUUGUUGGAAAUUUCUGCGUUCUGGUAGAUAUAGAGGUGGGAUUUCUGGGUUUUAUUAUAUUUGCAGAGAGAUAUGCAAUCGGAACCGGCGGCUCUGGGAGUGCAGCAGCUUCGAUUGGUGGCCUCGGAAGCGACAGACAAUCGAGGGAAGCAUCGGAUUUCGGCUGAAUUGAAGCGGCUUGAGCAGGAAGCUAGGUUCUUGGAGGAAGAGUUGGAACAACUUGAAAAAUUGGAAGCGGCCUCUGCUUCGUGCAAGGAAAUGCUGAUUAUCAUUGAGGCAAGACCAGAUCCCUUACUUCCAGUAACAACUGGACCGACAAAUCCUUCCUGGGAUCGAUGGUUCGAAGGACCCCAAGAUUCACAGGGUUGCAGAUGCUGGAUACUGUGACAGUCUAAUUGCAGGAGUUCAGUUCCAGUCUACUUCCAUCGACAUUUCUUGAGGCAAAACGUAUCAAGAUCUUACAAAAAUGCUAGGGAUUUUAGGCCAACCCCUUGUUGGUAAAUAUAAAUGGCAUGGUGCUUCUUUGUGCAGAAAAAGUUUUAACAGUUUUUCCCCUCCUUUUGGGUAUUUAUAGUGAGAACCAACUGAAAUUUUCAGGCCAUCCUCCUUUUAUCUGUAAUUGUUGUUGCCUUGGAUUACAAACUGAUUUGAUGCUCUGUCUAGCAGAAGACUUUGCAUUUUCAUGCAAAUUAGUUGAAUAUCUUUUGUCAUCAAUAAAAUGUUUUCCUAAAUUUGUAGUCUGUAAUGUUAAAUCUUGAUAAUUUUGGCAGAGAGAGAGAGAGAGAGAGGCUUUGUAUCCAUCUGAUAUUUAUGUAUUUGAUCGCUGGUUUAUUAAUAUAACAAUAUAAUUGUUUAGGUCAUA